UGAGCAUACGGAGCUUUUUACAUGUGACGCGUAAUUCCGUUUCCAGUAAUUUCUACGGGCAACAAAAUCGCUGGUCGCUUGAAGAGAGUUCCAGAAAUCGCCUGUACACUUGACUGUUUCACGCGUCUGUGCGUAAAAAUAAUCCGUCUUGUAUUUUUUGAACAAACAUGGCUAAAUGGGGAGAAGGGGACCCUCGGUGGAUCGUAGAAGAAAGAGCGGAUGCUACAAAUGUCAACAAUUGGCAUUGGACGGAGAGGGAUGCCACAAACUGGUCAUCAGAGAAGUUGAAAGAGCUGCUGGUAGGCCUGCAAGUAGAAAACGAUGAAGGCAAAUGUGAAAUCACAGAGGUCAGCAAGGCAGAAGGAGAAGCAUCUAUCAACAAUCGCAAAGGGAAGCUCAUCUUCUUCUAUGAGUGGAACAUAAAGGCCAAGUGGAAAGGGACCUCGAAAUCCGGGAUCAAAUACAAAGGCGAGAUUGAUGUUCCAAACCUUUCUGAUGAAAAUGAUAAGGAGGACCUUGACAUCAGUGUGUCCCUUUGUAAAGGAGAGCCUGACACACCACUCUUUAUUCUGAUGAAAACGGAGGGGGGAAAGAAAGUCCGUGAUGCGCUGGGCAGCUACAUUGAGCUUCUCAAAACAGAGUUCACACAGGGUAUGAUCUUACCGACUGCCAAUGGUUUGACCACACAGUUGACCUCUCAGACAAAAGUCAAGCUAGACAAAACCCAGAUUGGCUCCGGCGGCACAGCUCCUCCUCCCGGCACAGGGGUAAAGAUCCCCACAUGCAAGUUCUCGCUAAAAGACACUUUCCUCACUUCACCAGAGGAGCUCUACAGAGUUUUCCUUAACCAGGAGAUGGUGCAGGCGUUUACGCAUGCGGCUGCAAUCAUUGAGCCAGAUAAAGGAGGCAAGUUCCGCCUGUUGGAUGGAAACGUAUUCGGAGAGUUUAAGGAGCUGGUUCCUGAAGAGAAAAUAGUCAUGAAAUGGAGGUACAACACGUGGCCAAGUGAGCACUAUGCGACAGUGACGCUGACCUUCAUAGACAAGGGCAAUGAGACGGAGCUGAUGAUUGAGUGUCGAGCCGUGCCAGAGAGUGAGGAGGACCGCACGCGAGAAGGUUGGCAGAGGUACUACUGCCAGGCCAUCAAACAGACAUUUGGCUUUGGUGCACGACUCUGCUGAGCUGCAACUUCACCCAUCACAUCAUUUUGGCUGUUUUUUCUUUUCUUUUUUUCCUUCCCUAUGUACAAAUGAGCACCUGGAAUGUGACUCUACUGAAAAACAGACUUACCAUUGCACCAUGUUUUGGUUCAUGUGUUUAAAAAAAAAAAAAAAACCCAGAAAAGAAAUGUAUAGUUACAAUGAUUGACAUGAGGUAAGAAAGAUGGAGAGUCAAAGUCAUUCUUUUCAUCUGUGUAUAUGUGUAAGAAAUGUUUUUAUUGUAGCGCAGUAAGUUCUACAUUUGGCACGCUCACCUCCUGGCCUUGUUUGGACAGGGGCAGACUUGAUUAGUGCCUUUUUCAGAUUAAGAAUUUAACUUAUGGAUCUGUUUGUGUCAUAGGACUGAGAGGAGCAGAAUAAAUUGUCAAACCACUAAA